CUGCAGCGCAACAGCUCGGCUCAGCCCCGCCCGCCGCUCCCCUCCUCCGAGGCGCUGCUUGCUGGAGUCAUCGUUGCCGGGGACAUCCCUCCCUCCCUCCCUCCCACCAUGGCCGUGUACAGCGUGUGUGUGACCACCGGUCCCUACCUGAUGGCGGGGACCCUGGACAACAUCUCUGUCACCCUGCUGGGCACUUGCGGGGAGAGCCCCAAGCAGCGGCUGGAUCGCUUGGGCAGGGACUUCGCCACUGGAUCCGUGCAGAAAUACAAGGUGCGCUGCCCAGCCGAGCUGGGGGAGCUCUUGCUGCUGCGUCUGUACAAGGAACGCUAUGCUUUCUUCCCCAAGGAUUCUUGGUACUGCAGCUUCAUUUGUGUCAAGGCCCCCGAUGGCACCUGCACCCAGUUCCCCUGCUAUCAGUGGAUUGAGGGCUAUUGCACCGUAGAGCUGCGACCAGGAACAGCCACAACUAUUUGUCAGGACUCCCUGCCCCUCCUUCUGGAUCACAGGAGACGGGAACUCCAGAGUCGACAGGAAUGCUACCGCUGGAAGGUCUAUGCCCCUGGCUUCCCUGGCAUCAUAGACGUCAGCAACUUCGAGGAGAUGGAAACAGACAAGAAAUUUGCCCUGACCAAGACGGCACCUUGCACAGACCAAGGGGACAGCAGCGGGAAUCAGUACCUGCCUGGCUUCCCCAUGAAAAUUGACUUCCCGUCCCUGCUGCACAUGGACCCCAAUAUUCGCUACUCGGCCACCAAGACGGUCUCCCUGCUCUUCAACGCCAUCCCUGCGUCCUUGGGCAUGAAACUUCGAGGACUGCUGGACCGCAAGGGCUCCUGGAAGAAGCUGGAUGACAUCCGGAAUAUCUUCUGGUGUCACAAGACCGUCACUUCAGAGUAUGUCACCGAGCACUGGUGUGAGGACCCGUUCUUUGGGUACCAGUAUUUGAAUGGUGUCAAUCCCGUCAUGCUCCGCUGCCUCUCCAGCCUGCCCAGCAAGCUGCCUGUCACCCAUGACAUGGUGGCCCCCUCGCUGGGUCCGGACACCUGCCUGCAGACAGAACUAGAGAGGGGGAAUGUCUUCCUAGCGGACUACUGGAUCCUGGAGGAGGCCCCCGUCCACUGCCUCAACGGCCGCCAGCAGUACGUGGCCGCCCCGCUCUGCCUGCUGUGGCUCAACCCGCAGGGGGCGCUGGUGCCCUUGGCCAUCCAGCUCAGCCAGAACCCCGGGCCCCAAAGCCCCAUCUUUCUGCCCACUGACUCCUACUGGGACUGGCUGCUGGCCAAGACGUGGGUGCGCAACUCGGAGUUCCUGGUGCACGAGCACAACACGCACUUUUUGUGCACGCAUUUGCUGUGCGAGGCCUUCUCCAUGGCCACACUGCGCCAACUGCCGCUGUGCCAUCCUGUCUACAAGCUCCUGCUUCCCCACACUCGCUACACGCUGCAGGUGAACACCAUCGCUCGAGCCACGCUGCUCAACCCCGACGGCCUGGUGGACCACGUGACGUCUGGCGGGAGGCAAGGCCUCCUCUACCUCAUAAGCACAGGUCUGGCCCACUUCACCUACACCGAUUUCUGCCUUCCGGACAGCCUGCGGGCCCGCGGCGUCCUGACCAUCCCCAACUACCAUUACCGAGACGACGGCCUGAAGAUCUGGGCGGCCAUUCAGAGCUUUGUCUCAGAAAUCGUGGGCUACUAUUAUCCUAGUGACGCAUCUGUGCAGCGGGACACGGAGCUGCAGGCCUGGGUCGGCGAGAUUUUUGCUCAGGCCUUCUUGGGCCGGGAAAGCUCAGGCUUCCCGCAAAGGCUGUGCACUCCGGGAGAGCUGGUGAAGUUCCUUACUGCCAUCAUCUUCAACUGCUCGGCCCAGCAUGCCGCGGUCAACAGUGGGCAGCAUGACUUUGGGGCCUGGAUGCCCAAUACCCCAUCAUCGAUGAGGCAGCCCCCACCCCAGACCAAGGGGACCGCCACCCUGGAGAGUUAUCUAGACACCCUCCCAGAAGUGAACGUCACCUGUAACAACCUUCUCCUCUUCUGGUUGGUCAGCCAGGAGCCCAAGGACCAGCGGCCCCUGGGCACCUAUCCGGAUCAGCACUUCACCGAGGAGGCCCCUCGGCGGAGCAUCGCGGCCUUCCAGAACCGCCUGGCCCAGAUUUCGCAGCAGAUCCGGGAGCGGAACCAAGGCCUGGUGCUGCCCUAUGCCUACCUGGACCCUCCCGUCAUUGAGAACAGCGUCUCCAUUUAACCCCUCCUCCUUUCCUCCCUACGAGAAAGGCUCAAGCAUGAGGACGUGAGGAGGGCGUCCAGGGCCAGAAGCCGCUGGCUAACGUCAAACGCACAAUAGGCCCUUCACGAGGGGGAACCCCGUCACCCUUUGCUCUACUUGGGACAGCCUCUUACUUCCCUCUCCUGUGAAAACCUACCUCCUCCCACCAGGAACCCCAUAGGGACACUGAGCUCUCUUUCCAGUCCUGCCCCCUCCCCAAACUCCCGCUCUUACCUUGGCUCUUCGUUUCCACUCUCCUCCGGACCUAGGGCCCACCAAUCUAACUUCCCUCUCUGGAAAAGCCUGGAAACUGGGCAAGAAAGGGUAUGUGUCCUGAGUCUGCCAUGUGGUCCCCUUUGAUGGAGCAUCUUUAAGGGGAGGGUUAGAAUUAGACCCAACUUGGGGCGCCUGGGUGGUUCAAUCAGUUAAGCUUCAGACUCUUGA